UGACACAAGGGGAAGAUCAAGGAAUUUUGGAGUUCAUUCAUGAGCUGUGGUGGAAGGACAUGCAAAACGCAAUAGAUAUCACGUUCUUGCUCUUGUUCUUGCUCUUCCCCUGUUUUCAGCUCACAUUUCAGCAGCUGAGCUCAAGAACAGAGCGCGCAGCUCUUCUGGAACUCCGAUCGUCCUUAGGCUUGCGAGGCAGAGACUGGCCCAUCAAAGCCGACCAUUGCUCUGUUUGGAACGGCGUACAAUGUCGCAACGCUCGAGUUAUUGGCAUCAACAUUUCUGGGUUUCGAAGAACUCGCCUCGGCAGACAAAACCCACGUUUUGUUGUUGAUGCUUUAGCUAAUUUAACGCUUCUCCAGUCUUUUAAUGCUUCUAAGUUCUUGCUUCCUGGACCCAUCCCUGACUGGCUUGGUUCAUCGCUGAAGUCUCUGCAAGUUCUUGAUCUUCGUUCUUGUUCAAUCCAUGGUCCGAUUCCAUCGAGUUUUGGUAAUUUAACGAAUCUAACCACUCUGUUUCUCUCCAAUAACAAGCUAAAUGGGUCGAUUCCUGCAAGUUUUGGCCAAUUAAUUCGGCUUUCUGUGCUUGAUCUUGCCCGUAAUGAGCUCACUGGUUCCAUCCCUUUGUCAAUAUCAUCUCUUGGGAACCUCUCAUUUCUUGACCUUUCUUCAAAUCGUUUAGAUGGGUCAGUUCCUCCGCUCAUUGGGUCACUCAGGCAGCUGCAAAAAUUGAACCUUUCCAGCAAUAAUCUCAUUUCUUCAUUGCCUGCUUCACUCGGCGACCUGGGUGUCCUGGUGGAUCUUGAUAUCAGUUUCAACAAAUUCUCCGGGCCACUACCGCCAGAUCUAAAGGGCAUGAGCCGCCUGCAGAGAAUGCUACUAAGAAGCAAUUUACUCGGUGGAUCACUGCCAGAUGCUCUGUUUUCGUCGCUCACCCAAUUGCAGGCGUUGGCUAUCAAUGACAAUCGUUUUACUGGUGCAGCCCCUGAUGUGUUGUUCUUGACGCCUGGGCUGCGGUUUCUUGAUAUCUCUGGGAACAAUUUCACUGGGUUGCUGCCAAAUUCGAGCUUGAAUUCGAAUUUUAGCGAUGGGACGUUGAAUGUUUCUCGAAACAUGUUCUAUGGUGGGCUCGUGCCUGUUCUUGGAAGGUUUAGUGUUGUUGAUCUGUCUGGGAAUUAUUUUGAAGGCGGUGUUCCAAGCUUUGUGGUGAUGAAUGCAUCUUUGGAGAGUAAUUGUCUUCGAAAUGUUUCCAGGCAGCGGACAUUGGAAGAUUGCUCCUCGUUUUACGCUGCAAAAGGCCUUGAUUUUGAUGAUUUUGGUAAGCCAAUCGCUGAACGGCCUCCUCCUGUACCAGAGAAGUCUGGGAAGAACAUGAACAAUAUAAGGGAAACUAUAUUGGCUAGCCUAUUAGGAUGGGUCGGGUUUAUUGUUGUUGUUUAA